AUGACAGACCGUGAGAUUCUCCAUACCUGUCCAUUGUUCCAUAUUAACAAAUCUCCUAGUCCAAACACGCCCAGACUUUCCAUGGAGGUUGAGCCCACAAUCCCAGUUAUGUCUCUAGCUAAACCGGGAGGGUUCAUCAUCACUAUCCGUCGGGCAGAGGAUGACUGUGACAAGCCUUGUAUCUUCCGCUGGAACUUCCUGUGUGAUGGAUGGGGUCCUUCUGGCUUCGUGCUCUUCCAACACACGCCAGAUGGUCUAAAAAGGGUUGAGAUAGUGCCUAAGCCGCCACCUCCCUAG